AGAGAUUGGUGAAAGUGUGAGAGGAGAAGAUGUGUACAUCAUCCAGAGUGGCUGUGGAGAAAUAAACGACAACUUAAUGGAACUGCUCAUCAUGAUCAAUGCUUGCAAGAUUGCAUCAUCCUCCAGAGUGACUGCUGUAAUUCCAUGUUUUCCAUAUGCCAGGCAAGAUAAGAAAGACAAGAAGGGGUCCGUGGAGCGUUGGAGUCGUGCUCCAAUCUCUGCAAAACUUGUUGCCAACAUGCUGUCAGUUGCAGGGGCUGACCACAUCAUCACCAUGGACUUGCAUGCUUCUCAGAUCCAGGGUUUCUUUGACAUUCCAGUAGAUAACCUGUAUGCAGAACCUGCAGUGCUGCAGUGGAUUAAAGAGAACAUUUUGGAGUGGAGAAACUGUAUCAUAGUCUCACCUGAUGCAGGUGGUGCAAAAAGGGUUACUUCAAUAGCUGACAGACUGAAUGUGGAAUUUGCUCUCAUUCAUAAGGAAAGAAAGAAGGCAAAUGAAGUGGACAGAAUGGUCUUGGUUGGUGAUGUGAAAGACAGAGUAGCAAUUCUUGUCGAUGAUAUGGCUGACACGUGUGGCACAAUAUGUCAUGCAGCAGACAAGUUAGUAUCUGCUGGAGCUACUAAAGUUUACGCCAUUCUUACUCAUGGCAUCUUUUCUGGUCCUGCUAUUUCUCGGAUUAAUAAUGCAUCAUUUGAGGCUGUUGUGGUAACUAAUACAAUCCCCCAAGAAGAGAAAAUGAAACACUGCCCAAAAAUUCAGUUUAUUGACAUUUCCAUGAUCCUGGCUGAGGCAAUUCGAAGAACACACAAUGGUGAAUCAGUGUCUUACCUGUUCAGUCACGUCCCCUUGUAACUGCAGGAGAUUAUGUUGCAUCUUUGCAAGGGUCCCUUCAGCUAGCACUGUUGUUCUUAACAAUGCAUCUCAACCACAAGGAAUGAGUAUCUUUGUACAAUUCCAGAGCUUGUGUGUUUAAUUAUUAUAUUUGUCUUGUAAUUACCAUUUGUUCUUUGUAAAUGGGCAAUAAAUCUCCAUCUUGCAGAAA